CUCCAGGUCUGAGCUGAAGGGGUCAGGAUGAGCUGGGGAGCCCUGUACGCCCAGCUGGGUGGGGUCAACAAGCACUCCACCAGCCUGGGGAAAAUCUGGCUGUCGGUGCUCUUCAUCUUCCGCAUCAUGAUCCUGGUCCUGGCGGCCGAGAGCGUGUGGGGCGACGAGCAGUCCGACUUCACCUGCAACACGCAGCAGCCGGGCUGCAAGAACGUGUGCUACGACCGCUUCUUCCCCGUCUCGCACAUCCGCCUCUGGUGCCUGCAGCUCAUCUUCGUCUCCACGCCGGCCCUCCUGGUGGCCAUGCACGUGGCGUACCGCAAGCGCGAGACCAAGCGCAGCAUCAUCCGCGCCCACGGCGACAAGGUGCAGGACGACCUGGAGAGCCUGCGCAACCGCCGGCUGCCCAUCACGGGCCCGCUGUGGUGGACCUACACCUCCAGCCUGUUCUUCCGCCUGGUGUUCGAGGGCGGCUUCAUGUACGUCUUCUACUACAUAUACGACGGCUUUCAGAUGCCGCGCCUGGUCAAGUGCGCCGAGUGGCCCUGCCCCAACGUGGUGGACUGCUUCAUCUCGCGGCCCACCGAGAAGACCGUCUUCACCAUCUUCAUGGUGGCCUCGUCGGCCAUCUGCAUGGUGCUGAACGUGGCCGAGCUGUCCUACCUGAUCGUCAAGGCGCUCAUGCGCUGCUCCAGCGGCUCCGCCCGCGCUCGCGGCUUCCCGGAAAACGGCUCCAAGGACAAGGCCUUCCUGCAGAACAAAAGGAACGAGAUGCUGCUGUCCUCCUCGGAUUCCUCCGGCAGCAAGGCCGUGUGA